AUGGAUGCUUGGGACGCAUUGGGCUUCCUCUCUGAAGAUGAGAGCCAGGAGGAGGCUCCCACAGAAGAACCUGUCGAAAAGCCUCUGGACUUUCAGGCGCUGCAGCCCCACCUGGGCAAGGAGACCUCAGUCGAUCCGAGGAAGCCAGAGGGGCUCGAGCGUAUCUACAACAAGCUCAAAGAGAAGCUGUCUGAGACAUCGUGUGAUGAAGAUGGCGCAGUGGUGAAGGUCCUUGAGGUUAGCGAACCUAGCAACCAGCCGACAGCCCCACCUGCAGACGAGAUGAUCCAGAUGCGCAGCAGGAGGCGGGCGCUCGAGGGCUCUUUAGUGGACAGCGCUUACGAGAAGUCCCAGCCACAGAAGAUCCUGGACUACAGCACUGAACAGUCGGAAGGCGACGUGAGGCUCCAGGGUCUUCAGCAGGGAGACUUCUGCCGGAAGUGCGGGAUGAAGCUGUGCCGCUGCGUGGACUACUCGGACUACGGCCGAAAGCGCCUCGCUUGGCCAGCUCCAGGCCCAAGCAAGGCUUUUAAGCGCAAAGGUCCCGGCGCCUGA